AUGACAGAACAACAUCGAUUUGGAAACAACAUAAACCCGAUAACUUGCCAUGCCUGGAAUAAGGACAAAACUCAAAUCGCAUUUUCACCGAACAACCACGAGGUGCACAUUUACAAACGCCUCGGAAACGAAUGGAAGUUACUGGACACCCUAAACCAACACGAUUUGCGCGUAAUGGGCAUCGAUUGGGCCCCGAACACCAAUCGAAUCGUAACAUGCGCAGCCGAUCGUAACGCCUACGUUUGGUCCCAGGACAAAGACGGCAAGUGGAAGCCCACGUUGGUCCUGUUGAGGAUCAACAGGGCAGCGACCUGCGUGAAAUGGUCUCCGGACGAGAACAAAUUCGCGGUGGGCUCGGGCGCCCGCCUCAUCUCCGUUUGUUACUUUGAAUCGGAGAACGAUUGGUGGGUUUCUAAGCACAUUAAAAAGCCUAUCAGAUCGACUGUUACUUGUCUGGAUUGGCAUCCCAACAACAUAUUACUAGCAGCGGGAUCGACAGAUUUCAAAGUUAGAAUAUUUUCGGCCUAUAUUAAAGACAUUGAAAACGCGCCGGAGGCUACCCAAUGGGGUUCAAAAAUGCCUUUGGGACAACUAAUGGGGGAAUUUGUCAAUUCCAGUGCUGGAGGUGGUUGGGUACACAAUGUCAGUUUCUCACCCGAUGGAAAUAAACUUUGUUGGGUGUCUCACGAUUCGUCCGUAAACGUAGCGGAUGCCACCAAAGGAAAUGCUGUUUACAAACUUAACAGCGAGUUUCUGCCAUUUUUAAGUUGUACGUGGAUAUCUAACAAAUCCAUCGUAGUAGCUGGUCACAGUUGCAUUCCGAUCCUCUACGGUUACAACAACAGUCAAUUGAAUUUUAUUGCCAAAUUGGAUGCGUCUCAGAAGAAGGAAAGCGGCGGUUUGUCCGCCAUGAGAAUGUUCCAUUCUCUGGAUAAACAGGCGAGGACCGAAAAUUCGGACACAAAUUUAGAUUCGAUUCAUCAGAAUGCCAUCACUUGCGUUUGUAUUUAUAUCGGGAAUAAGCAAAAAGCGGCGAAAAUAUCGACUUCUGGAGCCGACGGUCAGUUGGUUAUAUGGGAUUUGAAUUCUUUGGAAAAGUCGAUCCAGAAUUUGAGAAUUGAAUAG